CCCACUCCAGCAGGAGGACACUGGUAGCUGCACAGCUUGCACCCACCAGCGUGCUGGGGAAUGACAAUAAGGCUAGCAGCCUAUCUGAUAACCUGAGCACUGCAGCUGCAGGAAACUACACGCCCCACACGCCUUUGCUGCGCAGAGAGCCUCUUUGGUCCACUGGAAGGAGUGAUGCUGCCCAUCAAGUGACGUCACGGGCCAGGAGCAGGGCUCUGGGCUGGCUGCAGGGGGGCUGAGCUCAUGGAGCACUUUGCAAGUUUAAAAGCGCCGACUCAAGUGUCACACGGGUCUUCCUUAUAUGGGUGAGGUCCAGCGGGCACAGAGAGAGGGGACCUGUGCUGCCCUCAUCCCUUCAUCUGAGCAGACGGACUGCCCAAACCUGGGAACCUGGUGGAGGAGAGCUCAGCCUGGGGAUCAUGAGGAGGAAGAAACUUGCUCUGGCAGCUGGCUUUUGCCUGGCUUUCUUGCUUGGCACUUUGCUCAAUCUGCUGUGUGUGCCAGGCUUUGACCACCAGCAGCAGCAGCUCCAGAAUGGGGUCACCCCCGUGCCCCUCAUUGCAGCAUCAAGACAAGGCAAGGGGAGCUCCCAGGACUUGCUCAAACAGCUCCAAGAGCGCUAUAAGGAGGUGAUCCGUUAUAGAGAGCAUCAGGCUCCAGUGUCAGCCACAGUUAGGCUUCUUCUCAGACCCUUGGAGAGGAGACUCAUGGACCUGGCUCAGAGGUCUUCUUCUGAGAACGUUCACAAACCUGAGAAUUCCAAGAGUUCCAUCCCUGACCUGUCCCCUGUGUCACCUCUCAGCUCGAAAAUAGACGUGUCUCUGCGGCCACCCUUGCUGAGCUGCCAAGAUAUUACUAAUGGAAGCAAUGUCCGCUAUCUAGGCUCUGGUUACACUAAAGCUGUGUACAAGUUGGUCCUGAAUGAUACAGUAUCAGUGGCAUUGAAAUCAGUGGAUUUUGGGGGGCACGACAUCCAGAAUUGUGUCCAACUAUACAGGAAUUUAGAAGAUUGCUACAGAUUAGCAUCCUUCAAGAUUGUCAAAGAAAUGAUCUUAUUGCAAAGGCUUCAGCACCCUAAUAUACUCCAGCUCUACGGCUAUUGCUAUCAAGACAGCAAUGAUAUUUCGGACACAUUAACUACUAUCACUGAACUGGGCUCACCACUGGAGAUGAUUCAGUUACUGCAAUCCUCGUGGGAGGACAGAUUUCGGAUAUGCCUCAGUUUAGUACGACUUUUGCAUUAUUUGGCCCAUUCUCCCCUUGGUUCGAUAACAUUAUUGGAUUUUCGACCUCGGCAGUUCGUCAUUGUGGAUGGUGAAUUGAAAGUUACAGAUUUAGAUGAUGCCAGCAUGGACGGAACAUCAUGUUCUAGCAAUGCCGACUGCUUCAUGGAAUUCCCAGCUAGAAAUUUUACGCUUCAAUGCUCUGUUGAAGGAAAAUGUCAAAAUAUGAAUGAGAAACGGAAUCUGUACAAUGCAUACAGGUUUUUUUUCACGUAUCUCCUGCCACACAGCGCGCCUUCGUCCCUGAGACCUUUGCUGGAUUCAAUAGUCAAUGCAACAGGCGAACUGCGUUGGGGAAUAGAUGAAACGCUUGCUCAGUUUGAAAAAAUUCUUUACAUGUACAAAAAUGGCCUGUACCUCCCGAAUAUUACACAUGCACCAAUGGCUGAGUACAAGCAAGUUGCAGACAUUUCUAUCGCUGAAGAAGACUAUAGAUGUUGGCCAUCGUACCACCACAAUGGAUGUCUCCUUUCAGUGUUUAAUAUUAAUGAAGCUAUAAAGAUCUGUGAAAGUCAUUCUCAGUGCCAAGCUUUUGUUUGGACUAAUCAGACAACGUGGACAGGUCGACAGCUUGUUUUCUUCAAAGCUGGAUCCAGAAAUCUUGUGCCUGAUAUUGACAAGAUAACGUACCUAAAACUGACCAGUUAGCAGAGACAAUACCACAAGUGGACAAGAUGUGUUUGAGUGUGGUGUGGAAUUACUUGGGGCGAAAUGCACUCAUUUUCAUUCAAUUUUGUAGAGUGCUUUACGUCUUGAGAUUUACCUGAAUUUGCCAGGAUAAAUGUGCAAUAAG